AUGUCCGAGAUCAACGACUUCCUAGACCCAAGCAGCAGCAGCCAUAGACCCGGCGACGAGGCCGUCCAACUCACAGGUUCAGACCUUGUUGAUCUUCUUUCAAGUUUUGUUGCCGACGAGCAUAGCGGCUUACACCCGCAAGCGCGGCACGAUGAGGAUAAUGACGUUCAGCAGCUCUUGAAAGUGAUGCAGCAGCAGAAGGAUGCUGAGAGCGGCAAGGUGACUGACGUGGCUGGCGACGAGGAGGGAGACUUCGUUGAUGAUGACGAGAAACAGCGGGAGGCAGCGCGAGAAACGUAUCCCGACUCGUUGAUUGAUUUCUCAGAUGACGACGACGACGCAUCCGACGUUUCGUACGAAAGCGACAUCUUCGAACCCUUCAGAAACAGCAUCGCGCAGCUCUACAUGUUUUCAAAAGCAAUCGACAUGCGCGCCGAGCAAACGUACAUGCGCGCCAUCGCCCACACAAACGGAUCAUGGCUCAAGAUUGCGUACGUGACGGUCAAAGACCAGGUUUUCUCGCCUGCGUUCCAGGGAUUCGGAUGGCGGAUGCUUAAGUUGUUUGCCGUGCCUUGGAUGGCUGGUACGGCGAGGAACGGGAAGCGUGUUGGGGUUGCGCUGCGACAAGCUUUGAAAAAUGGGCUGUCGGUUUUGAUGUUUAGUCUCACGGGAAAAAGAGCAUGA